AUGGAAAAAUAUAAAAAUUAUAAAACAUCAGAAGGAGAUAAGCAGGCUGGAUCGGAAUCAGAUGCAAGCCUAUGUAGCGAUGUAUCAAGGACAGCUUCUAAGUCUGGAGGUCGCUCCCGUGGGGCGAAAAAGAGACGUAUUACAAAAUCAAUAUCGUCCAGCGACAAUGAAGCUUUUUUAAAAGAGACGAAUUCUGAGACAGGAAAAGAGGUGACACCAUUAAUGGAUAAUUCUGGAGAGUUCGUAGUGCCAGGGCCUGAGGAAGCUCUUAGUAUGGCUGAGAGGCAAGUGGAACAAAUGGCUGAAAACACCUGCCUGCGCAGUGAAAUAGAGGAGCUUCGUAAAGAGCUAUCUGAAAUCCGGCUUGAAAUGGCGAGGAUCAAUAAAACACCUGCUCCACCAACUCCUCAGGUGCGAGGAGACAAGGAAAGUGAGGAAUUGAUAAGUUCCAUUAUGCGCCAAGUUGGUGACAUGAUGAAUGCGCGAUUGGAGGCGCUUGAGGAGCGGCUUCUCCCAGAAAAGCGUGUCCGCCCUCCGCUGGCUGCUGAUGUGCGCAGAGAUGUAGUAAAUGAUGCAGACAUACUACGGCGGAAGUCUGAUACAAUUACGAAGGCUGACAAAUACGCCGUAAAAGCAAGAAUAGGCAACAAGAAAAUUCCGGCGCUGGAAAUACAAAGAGGAAACAGAAAGGGAAAGGGACACGAAGGGAGAACAACAGAAAUGGCAACCAACCAGCCAACAGAAUCACGCCCUCAACCUCCUGAGUCCACGGAAGAAGGAUGGACCACAGUAGUGAGAAGAGAAGGAGAUAAGCAGGCUGGAUCGGAAUCAGAUGCAAGCCUAUGUAGCGAUGUAUCAAGGACAGCUUCUAAGUCUGGAGGUCGCUCCCGUGGGGCGAAAAAGAGACGUAUUACAAAAUCAAUAUCGUCCAGCGACAAUGAAGCUUUUUUAAAAGAGACGAAUUCUGAGACAGGAAAAGAGGUGACACCAUUAAUGGAUAAUUCUGGAGAGUUCGUAGUGCCAGGGCCUGAGGAAGCUCUUAGUAUGGCUGAGAGGCAAGUGGAACAAAUGGCUGAAAACACCUGCCUGCGCAGUGAAAUAGAGGAGCUUCGUAAAGAGCUAUCUGAAAUCCGGCUUGAAAUGGCGAGGAUCAAUAAAACACCUGCUCCACCAACUCCUCAGGUGCGAGGAGACAAGGAAAGUGAGGAAUUGAUAAGUUCCAUUAUGCGCCAAGUUGGUGACAUGAUGAAUGCGCGAUUGGAGGCGCUUGAGGAGCGGCUUCUCCCAGAAAAGCGUGUCCGCCCUCCGCUGGCUGCUGAUGUGCGCAGAGAUGUAGUAAAUGAUGCAGACAUACUACGGCGGAAGUCUGAUACAAUUACGAAGGCUGACAAAUACGCCGUAAAAACAAGAAUAGGCAACAAGAAAAUUCCGGCGCUGGAAAUACAAAGAGGAAACAGAAAGGGAAAGGGACACGAAGGGAGAACAACAGAAAUGGCAACCAACCAGCCAACAGAAUCACGCCCUCAACCUCCUGAGUCCACGGAAGAAGGAUGGACCACAGUAGUGAGAAGAGCAAACAGGCCGGCUGACCACGUACUGGGGAGCAAGAGGUGCUCGCCUCCAAAACAAAGAAGAAAGGGCGUUAUAGUGGGUGAAAGGACCCCGCCUACGCAACCUCAAAUGGAGGAGGCGAUGGCAGUCCAGUAA